UUUUAGAAUUUCUUUUUUAGGUCGCGAAAGAAUUGAGCGUGUGCCAUCAUGAAGUGAAGGUGAAAUGCAGCGAAACACCUAGCAGAGAUCGCUGUACCGGACAGUGUCCGCUUACUUUAAACUGUGGUCACGUUUGCCAGGCCAAAUGCAAUGAACCGUGCACUAAACUGUGCGGGCACUUGGUCGAACACGAUAAGAUUGCGGACUGUGGUCACAAGUUUAAAAUCGCAUGUCAUCUGAGAACUAAAGUUCUUCCCGGAAACUCGUAUAAGCUGCUUCGAUUCUGUGAUAGUCCAUGUAAUGCGGUUUUGGAAUGUGGUCAUACAUGCUCUGGAACUUGCGGCUCUUGUGCGCAGGGCCGUAUCCAUGCCACUUGCAAUCAGAAGUGCGGACGUAUUUUAGUUUGCGGACACGAAUGUCCGUUUCCAUGUCGUGAAGCAUGCCAACCGUGCAACCUUAGGUGCACUUACAAGUGCGCGCACAGCAUUUGUGGCAAGCAGUGCGGCGAACCCUGCACUAAAUGCGCCGAAAGUUGCGAACGACGCUGCAUACACUCAGACUGUGCAAACAGAUGCGGUGACAUAUGUUCCGUGGCACCCUGUACAAAUCCGUGCAAGAAAAAAUUGAAAUGUGGACACGACUGCGUCGGUUUCUGCGGGGAUCCUUGUCCCCCACUGUGCCGGGUUUGCCACUACGACGAUCUAACCGAGACGUUUUUCGGCACCGAAGACGAGGAGGGCGCAAGAUUCGUUCUGCUCGACGAGUGUGGCCACAUCGUAGAAAGUACCGGAAUGGAUCAGUGGAUGACGGUGGACGAUGGUAACGCCAUAAAGUACAAGUGCUGCCCGAAGUGCAAAACCCCACUGACAUCCACGCAGCGUUACAGCAGCUUCAUAAAGCAAACCCUGCAGGACGUAUACGCUGUGAAGCUGAAAUUUUUUGGAAACGUCAAGGAAAAUGAGGAGAAACGCGCCGAGUUACUCGGAAAAAUGAGUGAUUUAGAAAAACUGACAAAUGAAAUGCCCGCUUCCGCGCUCCUACUCCAGAAAAUCGUUAAGAAUUUAAAAAAUUCGGUUCAAGUAGUACACAAAGGACGCAAGAUCACCCUGAAUUCCAGCCUUAGUAGGAUAUACCUAUCGAAAAUGCAAGUACUGGAAAACAUCAUCAAAUCCUUCAUAGCUGUUAAACUCGGUUCCGCAACUGUCAUACAUGUCGCCAUAGAAGACAUGGAGUUUUUGCUGAAUUCCUUAUCGCGCGAGGGGAACACGAUGACCAAUCAAGAAAUAUCCGACAUACGCAAGGAAACUAACCGAUUCUCUCACAAAGUGCAACUGCUCAAGAUAUCCGAAAGUGACGAGGUCUUCAAAGCGAAAAUUUAUGGAAACUCCUACAAUAAGAAGCUAUACGAAACGAUCUACUACAAACUCGCCUCCAUUUCCCCUUUCCAGGAUGCCGCCGACGAGGAGAUAGGGAAAAAUAUCGCCUAUCUGAGCAAGGAGCUGGGAACGUACGUUUCGCAGAUCGAACGACAGCAAGUGAUUCAGGCGAUGAAAAUGGCCAAGGGGCACUGGUUUAAGUGUCCGAACGGCCACUAUUACGCCAUCGGCGAGUGCGGAGGCGCAAUGCAGACGGGGAAGUGCAUCGAAUGCGGCGUCGCAAUAGGCGGACAAAGCCAUACGUUGCUGUCGACGAAUAGGCACGCCGGCGAAAUCGAUGGGUCCGCUCAUGCCGCGUGGUCAGAGACUGCAAAUAAUUUGUUUAACUUUGAAGGGUUCCUCAAUGGUUAGUUUUAGUGUUUUUUAUUCACAAUGUUUACGAUUCGUUAAUAGAAUAUUAUGAAGUUUU